AUGAAUAAUUCCACUGAAGGUCCUUCAUUAAUGUUAUCGCUAUCAGAAGCAGCACCCAACAGCAACGCCCAUGAAUCCGGACCAGAAGAAUGGCAAUGUCCCAGAUGCACACUCUUAAAUCCUCAAGCAUCGGAUACUUGCGAAGUUUGCGAAUUUGAUCGGGCUGCCCAAGCUCGUUUCGAUGCCGCUGAAACCAGCGACGCAGACAUUCGUCAGCUCGUGGUCAAUGCUCGAGAAGAACGAAAAUUCCUGAUUCGAUUUGAACCCCUGCACCCACUAGUCGCCAACAAUGUAUUUGGAACCACCACGAGCAUUGCUUCGUCUGGUCUCAUUGGCGGAUUAGUAGGAGGUCCCGUGGGUGCUCUAGUGGGAGCUGCUGGGGCGGUUGUCUUGGAUGGUGCCAACCGUUUGAAUCAUCACCUGCGCCGGAACCAACCGGAUCGCCGACCAGGACGUCAAAUUGUCAUUACCAAAAUACGGAUGGAUGGGUCGGCAAUGAGUAUCACAAUGAAGACCAUGACACGCUGUAGGAUCAUGGCUAUUCAACCCAUGAUUAUUCGCACUAGUCAUGAUGGGACUGCAAUGGAAAGUAGAGUGGACAAUAACUAUUGGACACAACUAACGCCUCGAGAUCAACGAAUGGCCCAAAUAUUGUUUUUGCAUUUGUUAUCAGACACCUCCAUCCCAGAAGGCCAAGUCAUGAACAUUUCGUACGAAGAGUUAUUGGAACGAGUUGUGGGUACCGCCUAUGGUGAUGAUUCGAAAAAAGGAGCCACACAAGAGGAGAUUGAAACUCAUUCAGAAAUCAUUGCACUUAAGACGGAAGAAGAUUUGGCACGAUUGAAGGAUCAUCAAAAGGGCUGCAACAUUACCUUGGAAGACUUCAAGGUGGGAGAUAAGAUCCGCGUCUUAAAGUCCUGUGGACAUGCCUACUUUCCUGACUCCAUAGACGAGUGGCUGCACAAGGUGAAUUCUUGUCCAGUCUGCAAAACCGAGCUACAUGCCCAUGGUGGCGUGGAAAAGGCAUCUGAGAAGCCUGCCACCACUACUGCGAACGAGCGGCUUAAUGAUGACGAGAGUCUUCAUUCAUUGUAA